UUUAUUGAACUUUUUCUCCAAAUGAUGGCAUCCAAGCUGAAGGAACGCAAGAGAACUCCAGUUUCUCACAAAGUGAUAGAAAAACGAAGGAGAGAUCGCAUCAACCGCUGUCUCAACGAACUGGGCAAAACGGUACCAAUGGCGCUCGCAAAACAGAACUCUGGAAAGCUGGAGAAGGCAGAAAUUCUGGAGAUGACGGUUCAGUAUCUGCGUGCGCUUCACUCGGCAGAUUUUCCACGAGGCAGAGAAAAAGGAGAGCUUCUAGCAGAGUUUGCCAAUUAUUUUCACUAUGGCUACCACGAAUGCAUGAAGAACCUGGUGCACUAUCUUACCACGGUGGAGAGGAUGGAAACCAAAGACACCAAAUACGCGAGAAUCCUCGCGUUUCUACAGUCCAAGUCCCGUGUCGUCACAGAGCCCGUGUUCGGCUCACUGAGUGCCUUGCCAGACCCAACUGACUACUUGUGCCAACUGCACUCUGCCUCGGACUACCAAAGUCACAGCCCCACCGACUCGGUCUUCCAGCAGAGUCCGCCGGCACACUACUCUUGGCACAGCUCCGCGCGCAGCCCGACCAUCGCCUACCCCCCGGUGCCGCUCUCUGCGCAGACGCAGCAACACGGCGGUUACUUGUCCCCGGUUCAAGGACUCGACCAUCAUUAUAUCAAUUUCAUCAACCACUCGCACGCGAACGCGUUCAGUUUGCACAGCGCACAGCACGCUGCCUUGUGA